AUGAAGGAACUCGUGCUCUUCCAGUCAUCUGAUAAAAAACAUUACAUUGGCUCUGCUCCUACUGGUCAUAACCUCAUCAAGGAGCUUGUAGAUGAUUUCAUAUUCACGGCUUCGAAAGUGAUGUUGCAGUGCGAGAAGAACCAGGGUGACGCCCAGCAUCUGGACCACACGUCGUCCAUCUGCUCGAGUCCUCAAACCAUUCAGGCCGCGUUCGAACUCCUCAUCAGUCUCAUAACCGAAUGCCUGCCUAACCUCAAGGCUCUCUCUGAGAUGCUCACUGCUAUGUUCUAUUCCAAUAUAGAGACUCCACUCCUUGAAUGGGAGUACAUCCCACCCAUUGGAGCCAAACCUCUGAACGGAUUUGUGGGUCUCAAGAACGCUGGCGCCACUUGUUACAUGAACUCUGUACUGCAGCAGUUAUUCAUGAUAGAACCGAUUCGAGACUAUAUCCUAUGUGUGGAGGGGGCUGUCGAUGACCAGCUGGACAUUGAUGACGUAGAGGAGAAACCUGAAUACGAGGUUCACACCGCUGUAUUGAAAUGUGUGCAGUACAUUUUCGCACAUUUGGCCUGCAGCAAGAUGCAAUUCUAUGUUCCUAAGGGUUUCUGGAAGCAUUUCAAACUGCAAGGCGAGCCAGUGAACUUGAGGGAACAGCACGAUGCAUUGGAAUUUUUCAAUAGUCUUGUGGACAGUCUGGAUGAAGCCCUGAAAGCCCUGGAACUCGUUCCUAUUGUCAGCAAGGUCCUUGGAGGUUCCUUUGCAGAUCAGAAGAUUUGUAGAGAUUGCCCACACAGAUAUUCAAGAGAAGAGUCAUUCACAGUGUUGAACAUAGACAUCAGGAACCAGCAGAACUUACUUGAAUCACUUGAGCAGUAUGUUAAAGGUGAUCUGCUUGAAGGAGGCAAUGCUUAUCAUUGUGAGAAGUGCAAUAAGAAGGUUGACACAGUCAAGAGGUUAUGUAUAAAGAAACUACCCCCGAUAUUAGCCAUUCAGCUAAAAAGAUUUGAUUACGAUUGGGAAAGGGAAUGUGCUAUUAAGUUUAAUGAUUAUUUUGAGUUUCCACGACAAAUUGACAUGAUGCCUUAUACUGUUACUGGAUUGGCUAAAGCUGAAGGGGAGUGGAUCUUAGAUGACAAUGAUAACGCUCAGCCUGGGGGGGAAGGUAGUGCGGAUGAUGAAAACACCAAUAACAAAGACAAUGACGAACGCUGGUAUAAAUUCGACGACGGUGACGUCAGCCCAUUCAAGAUGGACGACGACGAAGAGAUGAAGACUCAUUGUUUCGGUGGUGAAUACGUGGGAGAGGUUUUUGAUAACAUACUCAAAAGGAUGAAAUUCAGCCGACAGAAGAGAUGGUGGAAUGCCUACAUAUUGUUCUACGAGAAGAUAGUUCCCAAUGAAAUCUCGAAACAGGCACAGCAGUCACAAGCUCAGCUGCUGCAGUCGCAACUUGCUAGCAGCAGCUGCUCCAUCUCAGACGGCAACGAAAAGAACGACGAUGAUGUCAAACAACAGCUACUACUACUGUCGCCUCAAACAUCUAACAAACUUUUUCCUGAUAUUAAAUCCGACAUACCAAAGACUAUAAAGAUGCCGAAGGUAAUCGAGCAGUGCGUGCGACGACAGAACAUUCGAUUCCUACACAACAGGAAUCAAUUCUCACCCGAGUACUUCAGAUUCAUGAGGGGCAUCCUACACUGUAACAUCAAACUCGUACUGCCUGGGGCACUCAAUAAUCACCAGCACAACACCAAUCUAAGUGCGCAAGAGAUAGACGAGAUUGCCAUGUGUAGCACACAACUCGUUGUUAAGUUCCUAUUCAACAUUGGAUUCCACACCAAGAAGAGUUUGAGGGGUCCGGCUAACGAGUGGUUGGAAGCCAUUCUUCCCUACUUUCGAAAUGUCCGAUCGAUUCGGAACUGGUUCAUACAGAAUAUUCUAUUCAAUCGACCGACCAGGUUUGCAGAGUUCAUGCUUGAGUGUCCCAGUACCGAGAUUCGAAACGUUUUUAUGCGUAUGAUGGUUUACUUAGCUCACUUCUCUCGUCAAGAUGGUCCUUGCUCGCCGUCAAUCACUCCAUUGUAUCCAUCACAAGAGUCGAACAUGACGUCCAGUGACCACAUCCUGAGGGCCAUGCUCUCCCUCUUGAAGAAGGAGGUUUCGGAACAUAGCAGGCACCUGCCACAGUACUUUCAGUUCUUCAUCAUGUAUGCCAAUCUGGGAAUUCCUGAGCGCCAUCAACUGAUAAACCUUGGUGUACCUGAACUCUUUCUAAUUGUUGCCAUGGAUGAGAGUAAGAUACCUAGCAUUAAGUAUCAGAGUACCGAACUAACCAAGGUCUACGCUGUUAUAUCUGUGUUAGUUCGGUGCUGCGAUGUUUCUGCCUUCUGCUCGUCAUCUCUACAGAACAAAGCUCCAUUGCCCAAUCCCCACAAAGAUCAAUCUAUGAAUAACAAAUACGUGGCUGUCAUACAGCCCGCUGUAGCUGACAUACUUUUCAAGAAUAUUCCAUUUAUAAAGAAGUUAAUAGUAGAUUGCAACAACUACGACGAAACUAACAGACUCCUCAAGUUCUGUAGCUGGGAAAAUCCUACCUUCUCCUCCACCGUCUUGAGUGAGUUACUUUGGCAGAUCGCAUACGUCAGCCUGUAUGAACUUCGACCUUACCUAGAUAUCCUGCUGCACAUGCUCUUCCUUGAAGAUAGCUGGCAGACGCACCGCAUACACAACUCUCUUAAAGGAUUUGGGGGUUUAGAUGAGAGGGGAGGGCUGUUUGAUACGAUACAAAUGUCAAGGUCGCAGAACCACAAAAGGGCAUACCAGUGCAUAAAGAUGAUAGUCACAUUGUUUGCAAAAUGUGCACUGUCCGUAGACUUGGUCUUGAAUAAUAAUGAGAUGAGGUACAAGUGGAUUAAUUCCGUGGAAUGGCUGCAAGAUGAACUCGACAGGAGACCAUACUCCAACAAUACCCAAUACCCGUACAAUUGGUCCCAGACACAAUCUAAUGAAACAUCUAAUGGUUAUUUCUUGGAACGGACGAACAGCGCUCAGAUGACCUUGAAGAAGGCUCUCGAAUACUGCCCUGAUGAUGUGGAGCAGGAAGACAACAUGUUGAUAAUGGAGGAGAGUGAAAACAACAGUAGGUCAGUUGAUAAUGGAGAAACUUCACAAGAUGGCGUCGACGAGGAAAAAUUGGAGCAGCUACAAAAUCAACUGAAACAGCUGAACAUACAACAAUCAACAUCUGUCGAAAACAUUAUUGACAAUGAAACCCGGAUAUCGUCAUCAUCGUCAUCACUCAACAACAACAACAACAGCAACAACAACAACAGCAACAGCAACAUGAGUAAUAAUAGUAAUAAUAACAGCAUUAAUAAUAAUAAUAAUAUCAUAAAUAAACAACUCUCACUGCCUGUUCAAAAACAGUUUCUACAG